AUGAACGACGCAGAUGUCUCUAGGCAAAUCCAGCAGAUGGUGCGGUUCAUCCGCCAGGAAGCAGAGGAAAAAGCCAACGAGAUCUCUGUCUCCGCCGAAGAGGUAUCUCUUCAUUUCACCGUUUUAUCCUCCGCUUUCCAAUCCAUGCCCUCAAACCGAAUCGUCUUUUUCCUUCUGCAGGAAUUCAAUAUCGAGAAGCUGCAGUUGGUGGAAGCCGAAAAGAAGAAGAUCAGGCAAGAGUACGAACGCAAAGAACGCCAAGUCGAAAUUCGCAAGAAGAUAUCUUUAUCGAACGGUUUUGAGUUGCUGAAUUCCCGAAUGCAUGCAAUUAAGGUCACUUAUGAUAUAUCCUACCGGAUCCUUGUGGCCUUGUCGUACUAUUCAGUAAAAUCAAUAAUUAAGCUGUUGACAUCUGUGGCAAAUUACUUGAACUCAAGGAUAUUGUCGAAUUUAUGUUUUGAGGGACAAUUGAUUGUUUGUUGCAGUGAGUACUCGAUGCAGCUGAAUGCUUCUCGAAUUAAAGUUCUUCAAGCUCAGGAUGACGUGAUCAGUUCCAUGAAAGAAGCUGCUUCCAAGGAACUUUUGAGUGUGAGUCAUCAUCAUCAUUUGACUUUGUCUCAUCAUGACCAUGUGUACAGAAACCUUCUGAAAGAUCUCAUUAUUCAGUGUUUGCUAAGACUGAAAGAACCUUCUGUCUUACUGAGAUGUCGGAAAGAUGACCUUCACUUGGUAGAGCAUGUGCUGGAUUCUGCUGGACAGGAGUAUGCUGGUAAAGCAAAUGUUGAACCCCCAGAGAUCAUUGUUGACAACCAAGUCUAUCUUCCACCUGGACCCAGUCAUCACAAUCCCCAUGAUAUCUACUGUUCUGGUGGGGUGGUGCUGGCUUCUCGUGAUGGAAAGAUUGUGUGUGAAAAUACUCUUGAUGCACGACUUGAUGUAGUGUUCCGUAAAAAGCUCCCUGAGAUUCGAAAGCAGCUCUUUGGACAAGUUGUUGCUUGA